CUAUCGAAUUAUCGAUAAAACAACAUACAUUGUGGUUGCAUCACAGCUAGUCUCAAGUUUUACAAAGUAAAGCUACGAAAAUGUCCUUCAGAAGCUUGUUUUCGAUGCCCGUGGUUAAGGCCGAGGAUGAGGAAGAGGAGUUAGUUGACCCCCAAACCGCUCUUCGGGAAUCAUGCCAAACAAAAGGACACAUUGAGUCUCUGUACAACAAAUACCAGGAGUGCAAUGAUCGUGUCAACGGCCGCUCGAAGACCACAGAAACGUGCGUUGAGGAACUGUUCGACUAUGUUGCUGAGUUAGAUCACUGUGUCGCUCACAGCCUUUUCGCCAAGCUUAAGUAAAUUAAUAUGAAUGCAAGUCAACCAAAUGGACAACAAACUGUUAACUGCAUUAGUAAUUAAAUAAAGGAGAGUCGUAAAU